AAAAAAAUAAAUAAAUAAAUAAACUCGAUCAUCAUCUCCGUCGUCUCUCAACACUCCAAACAUGAAGAAAGUUGAGCUUGUCUUCAUCCCUGCACCGAUGGUAGGUCAUAUUGUCUCCAUUGUUGAGCUUGCCAAGCUCCUUCUCGACCGAGACGACCGCCUAUCCAUUACAGUGCUAGUUAUAAAGCAACCGGCGGACCCUAUUGCCAACACCGUCGUCCAAAAUGUUGUCUCCGCCGAUGCCAGAAUCCGCCACUUGAACCUUCCGGAGAUGGAGCCACCGCCGGAAGAAAUGAUUCUCAAGGUCCCAGAGAUUUACCUUUCCGCCUAUAUAAAAAGCCAUAGGUCACAAGCCAAACACGCGAUCGUCAAUAACGUGCUCUCGUCGGAUUCCGGCGAAUCCCCGCCGCUCGCCGGGAUAGUAUUUGAUUUUUUCUGCAGUUCUAUGGUUGACGUGGCGAAUGACCUCGGUGUUCCUUCUUACCUGUUUUACACAUCCGGCGCCGGGUUUCUCGGGGUAAAUCAUUACCUCGUGAUCCGGGAGAGCCUUGGUGGAAGAGAAUAUACGUUGUCGGACACGGACUCGGUGGUUUCCACGUUUGCCUCGCCGGUUCCUGCUAGAGUUAUGCCCACGUUCGCGUUCAACGACGAUGGGUACAGAUCAUUUGUGGAACAUGGCAAGAAGUUCAGAGAAACAAAGGGGAUGAUCAUAAACACGUUUGCAGAAAUGGAACCAUACGCUGUGAAAGCUUUAGAAUCCGACCCGGAUCUGCCCCCGGUUUACACCGUCGGACCGAUGCUCGCACCUCAGAAGGAGCACGCAGGGAAGGAAGAAAUCAUCGACUGGCUCUCGGAGCAGCCGCCGUCGUCCGUGGUGUUCCUCUGCUUCGGAAGCCAGGGAGGGUUCGAGGCGCCGCAAAUACACCAGGUCGCGACGGCGCUGGAGAGGAGCGGUCACAGGUUCCUGUGGUCGGUCCGCCGGCCGUGGUCCUUAACCAGCUCCGAGCGAGCCAGCGACUUCACCAGUUUCGACCAGAUUUUGCCGGCGGGAUUCCUUGAAAGGACCAAAAUUAGGGGGAAGGUUUGCGGGUGGGCCCCGCAAGUGGAAGUUCUGGCCCACUCCGCCACGGCGGCGUUUGUGUCCCACUGCGGCUGGAACUCCACUCUGGAGAGUAUAUGGCACGGCGUUCCGAUGGUGACGUGGCCCAUCUACGCCGAGCAGCAGACGAACGCGUUUCAGUUGGUGAAGGAGCUCGGGCUGGCGGUGGAGCUGACGGUGGAUUAUCGAAGGGCGCAAGGCUCAGAGAAUGUUGUAAUGGCGGAGCAGAUAGAGAAAGCGAUAGAGAGCGUGAUGGAGGCAGAAAAUCCGGUGAGAAAAAGAGCUAAAGAGAUGGGAGAGAAGAGCCGGGAGGCGUUGAAGGAAGGUGGAUCUUCCUUCAUCUCUUUACAGCGUUUGAUUCACGACAUAAUUCAUAACAUUAAACUAUGCUAACUAUAUCUUGAAGCCAAAUCAUGCGUGCUGCAAAGUAAAUCCUAUCCCAUGAAAAUAAGCGCACAAUAUCCACUUAAUCCCACCCAUUAUUAUUAUU